UGAUUUGAGGACCAACAUCUCCUCACCUCACCAAUCUCUGACAUAGUUAUUUGAUACAUUAAAUUGCGGAGUUUUAUUUUUAUUUUUUUACCCUCUUAUGUUUUUAUGGGAGCCACCGUUAUCCUUCAACGGGCGUUUUCCUCGUCGUUACGUUUUAAUACCUUUUGUUAGCAUAGCGUGCUGUUAACCUUGACUCCAAGCGUAUACCAGACGUUAGCUUGCUGCUAACUUUAGCUCUGAUAAAUCACUCCCUGCUCGCCUUUCUUCGUCUGUCACUCUGUAUUAGUUUCAUCCGCAAUGGAGGACGAAGCAUUCUCUAAUAUAAGCGGCAAAGCGAUAUCCCUGGAUUGUCAGACUCACUCCAGCUUUUGCAGGGAGUUCACUGUUAGCUCCCCCAAGAUGUCCAUCGGUAAAGUGAUGGUGUACACUUGUUCUGUGUGGCUCAUAGCUUAUGCUGUGUUCUUCUUCACAGAGAACACCACAGUUCUCUCCAGUGCUAUUCUCAUCACCCUCACUGGCAUGAUGCUUCACAUCCACUUUGUGAAGGUGGACCACGAGUCUCUCCUUGUCAUUGGCUCCCUGGGCAUCCAAGUGUCCUCCAGCUACGCGUCAGGUCGCGAGGUCACCACUUUCAUCGAGAUGAGCAGGAUCAAAGAUAUUGUCAUCAAUGAAGCUGUUUACCUGAAUCAGAUCAUCUACUACCUGUGUGUGCUGUUAAAGGAGCCUUCAGAACCCAAUGUAGUCUCAAGUGUUGUCCCAUUGUUUCAGAGUUCCAAGCCGAGGCUCAACUGCUUAGCGAAGGUUUACGAGAGCUGUCAAGAUAUUCUGUCCAAGUGCCAAUGACCCAUAAGUUGUAUAGCAUCAUAACAUUGUUCAUGGGCCUUGUUUAUUUAUUUUAAAUUUCUUUUUAACAGAUGAGAGCAGAGAAUACUUUCUUUACCCGAAAUAUCUUAAAUAUUUGCGGGAUUUAUUUCCUUAAUGAAUGAGACAGAUUUACUUUAUUCAUAAGCAGUAGUUUAAAUGUGUUACUUUGUUAUAAAGGUAGUUUAAUACUUGCUUUCAAAGAAAAACAUUCCAUCUCUUUCUAGAUGUUAACUUAUAUAGUGUUAUAUAUAUACAUAUAUAUAUAUAUAAAUAUAUAUAUAUAUGUAUAUAUAUAUAUUGUACACAAUUUGUGUUAGUUAAUAAAUUAAGAAAAAAAUUUGUUCACUUGCGUGCUUCUUUUUCUAGAGCAAUAGUUUCAUUCGACAGUAGGGGGCACCAAUGCUUUAUAAAAUUGCCAAAUAGGUUUCGAAAUAUCUUCCAGUACUUGCUUUGAAUGUAAAUGCAACUUAUUUUAGUUUAGAUGUAAAGAGUUUAAGAGGUUUACAAGCUAUUUAUAUUUUUAUUUUAAAAUGCCAUGUUUAAAAUAAAGUAUACCCUUUUGCUG